UCCUUGACUCUUCAAAGAUAUCAUCUUGCAUUCACCGAUUUAGUUUCUGAAGAUAAAGAUAUAGUAUUCAGUUUGCUAAGCAUGCCUAAAUAUGGAAUAUUAGAGAAGGAAGGAAAUGGGGAAUAUUACUUGUUGAAGCCAAAUGAUCGGUUCACACAGUUUGACAUUAAUGAAAAGCUUAUAAGGUACACUGCAAAUAUGGGCAUUGGAGACGACACUGUCCGAGAUUUCUUGUAUUUUGAUGUGUCCGAUGCCAGCGGUAAUGUUCAGUCUAAUCAAGUAUUAACAAUGAAAGUGAAACCAAGAAUAAAGAAUCCACCUGUUUUGAAAGUACUCAGCGAUGUCCAAGUUAAUGAAGGCGGGGAAGCAAUCAUUCCAUCCGGCGUUUUAGAUGUUUUUGACCCAGACACCCCUUUCUAUAAUCUCACAGUUAUAAUCGAAAAGCAACCUGAUUAUGGAUUUAUUGAAAAUUCUAGACCAAUUCCAGGUGCCGAAAACGACCUUGCUGGAAUUCCAAUCUCAGCAUUUCCAUACAUUGACUUAAUGGAAGGUUAUAUAAAAUACAUGCAGGUGGGACAUCAAGGCGUGGAACCGGAGCAGGACACUGUUUUAAUUUAUAUAACUGAUGGCCGUCUGACGUCAUCACAACAACUUGUGAAUAUAACUAUACGACCCAUGAAUGAUGAAACUCCCCAUGUGUUCGUUGACGUCUUAACCGUUCCUGUGGGCGGUUAUGCUAAAAUAACAAAUUCUACCUUAUCGGUAGUAGAUGCUGAUACAAAGCCAGAACAGUUGAUAAUUACACUGGAUGACCCUCCAAAAUUUGGUAUUAUCAAAAAACUGCAGAAAAGUACCAUAAAUUUCAAACAGAGUCAAACUUUGUCUAAGCAAGACUCUUUUAGUUUCCAGGACGUGCUGAAUGGGCUAAUUUUAUAUGUUCAUGAGGACUUCAGAUCCUUCAGAAAUGAUUCUUUUGCUGUCAUUGUUAGUGAUGGACAUCAUAGUCUGCUUGAAACUAUACACGUCAUUGUGAUUGUUAAUGAUAGGGAAGUGCCAUUCUUGGUUCGUAAUCUUGGAUUGGAAUUAGCACCAGGAAACUCAAGUGUAAUUACCAACGAGAUUUUACGUGCUUCCGAUUCUGACAGCCCAGAUAACUUGCUAACGUAUUCAAUCAUUUCUACUCCUACAUCAGGCCAACUUCUUUUAUUUCGUAAUGGGCAGUUCAAGACUCUCUCUCCUGAUACCUCGGGUUUUAACAGUUUUAUUCAAGAAGAUAUUGACCGUCAGUAUCUCAAAUAUCAGCACAACAUUAACAAUCCGACCGGAACGCAUUAUUUCAAAUUUAAUAUUAAAGAUCCAGCAAAUAAUACUCUUAUAGAUCAAACAUUUUUCAUCACUAUUUCGGAGGACAUUUUUCCUCCAAUUAUUACACGAAACUCUGGUUUAAAAGUGAAUGAAAAAGGGCAAGGAUGCAUUAAUGCUGAAAUGCUAGCUGCAGUUGAUGAACAUCAGAAAACUUUAGAUUUAGUCUUCUCAAUUGUGUUGCCACCUUCACUUGGUUACUUAGAACAUAAGCAUAAGAGAAUACAACCUUUAAAUACUUUUCUUAUGUCUGAUUUAAAAGCUGGAGAAGUCUGUUACACACAUUCAUCUCUGACUUCAAAUUCAUUAGAUAGCUUCACCUUCAAUGUCUCAGAUGGAAGAAAUUCUGUCUUACAAACAUUUUACAUAAAUAUUUCUUCUGUGUAUGAUUCCUUGCCAAUAGUAAAGUUGAGUCCUUUGAAAAUCAAAGAAGGUGAAGAAAAAGUGAUUACUGAAUUUGAAAUUGACAUUUUUGAUAAAGAUACACAGGAUCAAGAUGUUAUAAUUAAAGUACUCAAACCACCACAGCAUGGUGUUCUAGAAAAUGCAAAUAACUCAGUGAUUCAAGUCUUUUCUUUGAAUGACAUUAAACAUGGUCAUAUAAGUUAUUCACAUGAUGGUUCUGAAAGUGUGAAUGAUAAUUUUACUUUGAUCGUUUCUGAUGGAAUCAAUAAGGAAUAUAUUUUUAUCAGUAACAAUCAGAAAAAUAUUACAUCAAAGAAUCCCAUUGUAUUUUCCAUCAAAAUCACACCGAUUGAUGAUGAGUUUCCAAAACUUAUAAAAAAUGAAGGAAUCAAUGAAUUGAUACUACAUGAAAAUAAGAGACUGGGUGUUAUAACCAAUGAUAUGCUGCUUGUUGAAGACUUAGACACAAAUGAUAGCAAUAUCGUGUAUGCUAUUACGUUGCAACCACAUCUGGGAUUUCUACAACUUUCCUCAAAACCGGGGGAAAAAAUAUCACAUUUUAAUCAAAGGGAUAUAAAUGAUGGAAAUGUGCAGUAUGUAUUAAACAAUGACGAUUUUGUGUCCACAAAAGACCAAUUCAUAUUUUCAGUUGAAGAUACCAAACCAAAUAAGAUGUUCAAUAACAUAUUUAAAAUUGAAUGGUCUCGUUUCAACUUGAAUGCUUCAUUUUAUAAUGUAUCAGAAACUGAUGGAUUCUUAGAAGUUUCAAUAUUACGAACUGGGAAUCUAGAAAAAGAUUCUGUUGUUUCUUGCAAAGCUUUAGAACUGAAUCCUCCUGCCUCCAGAGAAAAUGCACUUGUUCCUGUAGCAAAUGAAAUUCUCUUUACUAGUAAUACUACAACAAAAUAUUGCAUUUUCAAACUGCAUGAUGAUUUAGAGUUUAGUGGCAAGCGAGAAUAUAAUGUAAUUAUAGAAUCCACUUCUUUACUUGGAGAUCCUCAUGUUGCUGCUGUUUCUCUCUUCGAUGAAGAGGAUGAACCAGUCUUAAGCUUUACAGAAAGAAUUUUCAGAGUUAAUGAAACAGGAGACUAUUUUCAUUUCCCAGUAACUCGAAAAGGUGAUCUAAGGCAUGAACUAAGUGUUAUGUGCACCACUGAAAAUUUGACAGCACAGGGAAGUAGUGCUUUUGGAUUGGAAACGGGUUCAGAUUAUAAAAGUCGUCCUGCAGAUUAUAAAUCUUACAUAACCUUUCCCGCUGGAGCGUCUGAAAUUCCUUGUAGCGUAAAGAUUAUUGAUGAUAACUUAUAUGAAGAGGAGGAAAGUUUCCAAUUAAUUCUGUCUAAUGCUCAUCCUUUUGGUAAACUUAAGAAUGAUAUCAUAACUACUGUGAUUAUAAAUGGACCUAAUGAUGUUCCUAGGGUGUCCUUAAAAAAAGAGCACCGUGAUAUAAUUCAGGGGCAAAAAAAUAUCACUGUGACUAUUUUACGAGAAGGAGUUGACGUUUCUAAAGAAUGUGUCUUAUUUUGUGGAGCACGUUUAUCAGCAUCUUCCGAAGAGAAUUUGCUUUCUCUCCAAGAAAUUAAGUUUCAACCAUAUGAAAAAAGUGCGGAUUGCCAAUUACCUUUAACAUUUGAGAAGAACUCUGUCUCAGAAGAUGAAAAAAUCAUUAUCUUCUUGAAUAAUCCAGUUGGAUGUGUUUUAUCAGAUCAAAAUAUGUUGUCUUUUCCUCUGAAGAAAGAAAAGUUGAAACCAUUGGUUGAAUUUGGUGUGGAUCAACUUACAGUGAAGGAAGAUUCCGGUACUAUCCAAAUACCAAUAACAAGAACAAAAGAUACUUCCCAGAAUUCAACCAUUUAUUGUGUUACUCACGACGGCACAGCUCAUAGUCGAGAAGAUUUUGAAGAGAGAUACCUAAAUAGGAAAGCGUCUGUUAUUAUUUUUAGUUCUAAUCAAAAGGAAGCUGUGUGUACAGUGAUUGUUUACAACGAUGAUACUUAUGAAGGUAAAGAAUCAUUCACAGUGGAGGUGGUAUCACAUGCUACAGACACCGAAACUUUAAUUGGCAAUAAGAAAUCAAUAAUCGUUGAAAUUAUUGAUCCUGAAGAUGCUACAAUAAUACAACUAGAGAAAGCUGAAUUUGUUGUACCACAGCGAACGUUUCUAAACAAUAUUUCAACAUCUAUAGUCAUACCAAUUUUGCGAUAUGGUGAUGUUAGCAUGAUGUCUAAGAUACGAGUUAGUACUAUUGAUGGUUCUGCUUCUUCCGGAUUGGACUAUUAUGCCAAAAGCAAACUUAUUACUUUCACACCAGGUGAAAGGAGAAAGAAUUUUGAAAUUGAAAUUCUAUAUAACAAGCGCAGAAAUUGGGCGGUUGGUUUCACUGUCAUUCUAGGACCUGAUGAAGUGAUAAAUGCUAAUAUUGGAAAUAUUUCAAGAGCAUUUGUGAGAGUAGCGAGUGUACAAUCUACUGAAAGUUUGAUAUUACCUGCUGUUCCUCUUGUUAUAUCUCUAUUGCACUAUGAUAAUGUUACUAAAGGCAUGACAGAAAAUCCCAGAUCUGGAUAUCCUUUGAUUUGUCUUACUCCUUGUGAUACUAAUUACCCAGAUUAUGCUGCAACUGGUCCUCUUUGUAAAGAAGCAGGCAUCAUCCCAUCAAGAUUGAGUUAUUCGUGGGAAAUAGCUAUGCCAUUAAGUGAAGAAAGUAUAUCACCUUUUGAAACUGUUACUGAUUCAACAUUAUUUACUUCUGCUCAUCAUAAGGUACUGGAUAGUAUUUAUUUCCGUCCUCAAGAGAGAAUUCGUUGUGUUGUACAGCCCGUUGAUUCCAAAAGUAAUCUGGGCAUCCCACUUCAGAGUAAAAUGAUUAAAAUAAGUUCUGAUAUAGGAUUUUGUCAUUCAACAAUGCGAUCACCUUUCUUACAACUGAAUCUGCAAUCACAACCAUUUGUAGCUAGUCUUAGUUACCUGAACUCAUCACAUCCUACUCAUCCCAACAAGCUGCACAUUCAUAUUGAAAUUCCCCAUGAAGACGGGCUUCUUCCAUUGAUUUCAACGUAUCCACUUCAUAAUAUUCAGUUCCUGUUAACACAGAAUAUUUACCGGCAGCAACAUGUUUGUUCCAAUCUGCAAAGUGUCUCCCCACAUAUAGUAAAGAAUACAAGUUUUCUGAAAAGUUUUAAACCUUCAAAAGAUGACCUGCAUUUAGCUUUUCCCUAUCAUGGAGACAAAUGCGAGAAUGAUACUGGAAUACUUUAUCAACAUCUUAAUUUAAAAAGAUGCAAAUGGUCUUUUGAUGCAUGGUAUUCAAUGGCUGAGCUUGUGGAACUUUGUGGUGGAACAGUAACUUCAGAUUUUAAGGCCCGAGAUACAGAUCAAACCUAUGUAACAGUACUUCUUCCUUUAUAUGUGACAUACGUUUUUGCUGCUGCCCCAACUGGUUGGACAUCUUUCGAACAUCGAACAGAAAUGGAAUUUUCUUUCUAUUACGAUACAUUUUUGUGGAAGGCAGGUUCGCAUAGCGAUAGUUCAUUGAAUGCCACCGUUGGAAUGGUUCGAGUGGGGACAAAUUCUGCAGGACAUAUGUUCUUUGAAUUCAAAACGGUUGCAAAAUUCUAUGGAUGCUUUGUAUUGGAUCACCAUACCUUACCAGGUGUCAAAAGCUCUGUGUCUGCUCCAAGUAAUCUAGAUGUUCAGUUUGAGUUGGAAUUGCUGUGGAGUGAACAGACAUUUGAUGGCCCGAUCCAGUUUUGGAGAUCGACAAGCAAAUACAAUCUAAUGGAUUAUAGUGGCUAUUAUAGCUUGUAUUUAAUUCCAUGUAAAGUCACAAUUUCAAAACAGACUGCAUUAUAUAGUGGAUCUAAAUACCUUCCAUGUAUAGCCCAGACGCCAGAGAAGUUUGAAUUGCCGAUAGUCUUUCAGCAAACAAAUCGUCCUCCACCAGUUACUUAUGCUUUAGAAACCUUUUUCCAAAUAUUUAAUAAUGAAAAUGUUUUCAAGUUGAACCCCUUUGAAAAUUCUCCCAAUUUUCAAUACAUUGAGUACAAAGAAGCAUUUUCCAAAGGAGAAAAUGUUUAUGGUAGAGUUUUCUGGAGUCCGAAGCAAGGAUUAGAAUCUGCAUACCAACUGAAUAUCAAUGAAGUGAUCAUUUGUUCUGGAAAAAAUGGCUUUAUGCCAGUUUAUGAUCCUACAGGUAAAACAUAUGGUAAAGGACCUCAAUACGGUUGCCUACUGCCUAACAAGAAUUUGAAAUACAAGUUUAUUUUAUUGGAUAAACAUGACCCUGAUAUAGUAACUGAAGAAAUACAUGGAAAAUCUUUCAAUGCAAGAUUUAUUGAAGAUGUACCCAAUUUUCAAAGUUUAUCUGAUAUUCCAGGAGUUGAUGGUUUUGUAUUCAACAUCGACCCUUUAUAUGAGAUCAGCUCUAGCCAGCAAUGGUUCUUGCAGAUUAUUUAUGUCAUAAAGCCUAUCCACAACACUCGAAUUCCUCGUUCAGUUGAUGAAUUGGAAUCAAUAACCACUCGUCCAAGUAAUGGCUCAAACAUAAGGGCUAUUUACCUCGAAAACCUAGAUUCAAGAGAAACUAGUCCCAUCACUUCACCUGCUGUGGCUCAUCCCCAGGAACUACACGUCUACUUCGGGUUGCAUCAUUUACUGUACAUAAUUUCUGCAUUGCUCAUCAUCUUGGGCAUCAUCAUCCUUCGGUCAAAAAAAUCUCAUUUUGAAGACAUAUUAACUUUUUCAAAAAUUACAAGGAAUUCUUAUAUUUUUAAAACACCAGCUGCUAUUCAAAAUUCGUCCAGCAAUGAAAUUUGCGAAAUUAAAUGCAAACAAAAACUGAAGAAGAAAGAAGUUUAUAAAGUCAAAGUCUAUUCGCCUAAAAAUGAAUUAAGUGCAAUCGAUCAUUCAUCUGGGACAGAAGUUUAAUUUUAGUAAUGAAUAAUAUUUUUUACAUAAUUAUUUAUGAAUACUAUUCAUCCAUCUUGAAUCAAAUGAGAAUAUCAUUUCAUUUAAAUUUUUUAAUGAUGUUAAAAAUAAAUAUAUUGAGAAAUAAAA